UUACAAUGUCGGACGUUGAAGAGGAGUCGAUCGAGAAGCGGCUGAAAAUCGUGCUCGUGGGUGACUCCGGUGCCGGCAAAACCAGCAUCGUUCAGAAGUUUUGCAACAACGAUUUCACUAGACAAUACAUACCCACCGCAGGCAUCGAUUUCUUUCUUAAGAACAUUAGCAUCGGCAGCUAUAAAAAUGUCAAUCUACAUUUAUGGGACGUUGGCGGACUCGCUCUGCAUGGCAACAUGUUGGAUAAAUACGUUUUUGGAGCACACAUCAUUCUUUUGGUGUACGACGUAACGAAUAGCUCAAGUUUCGACAUUUUGGAAGAGUGGCUCAGCAAAAUCAAGAGUUUCAUUGAAGCCUACGAUGAAAUACCUCUAAUAGCGGUAAUCGGUAAUAAAUGUGACAUGGAACAUCAAAGAACAGUUAAGAGAGACAGAUCGCAUCGAUUCGCCGCGGAAAACGGAUUUCCUUAUCAUGAUAUGUCUGCGAGAACUGGAGAAUCGGUAUCUUUAUGCCUAGCAGGUUUGGCAGCUCAAGUUUUAGGUGUUCGAUUAACAAGAACGGAUCAAGAUUUUCAUAAACCCAUCAUCAUCGCUGAAAUUGGUGACACAGUAGAUGUAAAUUCAAUACAAAAAGUCGUAAAAAGAUUUCCUACUAAAAAACAAUUCCCAAUUGCGUUCCAUCCCCAUUUUCCCACCUCGAAAUCUACAGUGUGUGUAUUACAAUGAUAACG